AUGUCUCGAAACAACCAAUACGACUCUAUCGGCGCAAGGAACCAUCCUCUACACAGGUCGAGCAUCCUGAAUCCUGCGCCGUCUUCAAAACGACAAGCCUCAUUGACGUCUAUGGACGACGUCAAAUUUAUGGAGCAUGUACCUGCAAAGGAUGACAAAAAGCUCAGGUCAGAAUCAUGCAAGCCAUCGACACUUCGAUUUGCACGCAAGCCAAAGCAAGCAUUGAGCGUCUCAUCUCAAGAUUCGUCCAUCGUAAGGCCAGCCACAGUGCAUGCGAUUACUGGCACAAUCGACGAGUUUCUGGACGAUGUUAAAUGCAAUGGAUAUGUCCUGCCCUCUACGCAAUCCGACAUUGGCCGGCGCCUGUCUCGGCUUGAAGAUCGAGAACACAUCCUUUCGCCCAUCAGUGAGACUCCAGAGUCGUAUCCUGGCGGUUUCCAGCCAAUGACACUAACCUAUAGUCUACCAAAGGUCAACAGCGCUACAAAACCAUCACUAUCAGAGCCACCAAAGGCUUUGUCGGUGCAACGAAAGCAAUCGCCAAGCGCGGUCUGGUCGAAGCUUGGCUCACGAGCCUAUCACUUCAUCGGCGAAGACAGCACAGUAUACUCGCCGCGGCUUCCUACAACACCGCCCGCCUUCACUCCUGUAUUACCAUCUCAUGCUACUUCAGCCACAAAUAUCAACGUGCCAAUGUCUGGAGCCGCCAUCACAGUUACGGCAUCGGUUCCAACAGCAAUUGAGACAGUACACAUGCCGGCAAGCGAGACUGCAAGCAUUCUAUCUAGCUCUUCGGUCGCUAUGGGUCCUACGCAGUCAAGUUCUAGUCCAACUACUGCGAAUCCCGCCACUCCCUCGGACUCACUCGCCGAAGAAGGUUCCACGCUCAAUAGCCUGAGUGGUGGUGCGAUCGCUGCGAUCAUUGCCUCUGUCUUUGGUGCUUUUAUCAUCUUCUUCAUCGCGCUGGUGCUGUGGCGUCGAUUUGGGAAGAAGCGCCAAAGCAAGGAGCAGGAGGAGGGAAUAGAGCUCGAACACCCCUCCCCACUGCUCCCAUCGCCAACACCUUUCGACUACACUAGCAACAAGACCGUCCAGCGCGUCCAUUCGGAUCCCGUUUGGGAUGACAGCAUGGGCAACCCUUACGCCCUAAAAGGUCUUCCAUCGACACCUCCCGUCCCACUCCGCCACCCAUCCCGGCCCCAAGGUUUCGGAGCGACGGUGAUCCCAAGAAGUCCUGGUCCAGUGCGACCUGCCGAUCAAGGAUUCGACUUCGGUCUGACUAGGAAGAAGGAUGAUGGAUUCGAAGAAGCACCAAGGAGGGAUGCAGGAGAGACGGAGAGAGACAUGGGCGAGGCAGAGAGAAACGGAGUCCGUCCAGGAAGAUGGUCGGCUGCAUCCUCUAUGUAUUCGCAGGAGAGUGUUCGUGGGAGCGAGGUCGGGACUUGGAAUUUUUGA